AUGGGCCGCGCAAAGGGAUCCGUCGAAUUGGUUUUAAACAAGGAACAAGUUGAUGAAGUUUGUGGCUACAUCAACGUGAGCAUUCCUGAGACUGUCAAAGGGGCAAUGGGAGCAGCACCAGAGAAAACAUUCAAUGAGUAUGCCACCAAAAGCAAGUCCUUGCAGAAGGAACUCAUUUGCGAGCAUGUGUGGGCCCUGAAGCCCCUUGCACUGGUGGCACCUGCAAUGCCUGUUCACAACGACAGUCUGUUUGCUGUCUUGCGCAGAGUGGUGGGGAAAGAGGACCAGCUACCUGAUGGUUUAAUUUGGUUGCUCGUUUACGACCUGAAAGCGUUGAUGCAGUUUACCAGGAAGACUUGGAGGAAGUCACGUGAAAGCAUGAAAGGAGAGAAAGGUUGGCCUGCGUGGGUUCAUGGGCAGCCUGGAAUGCUCGAUUUGUUUGAAACCAUGAAGCCAUUUCUUGAUGACGAUGUCGGAAAGUCAUGGGGUAUCGAUUCAGCAGGUAUCCAAGCUCAGAAGUCUCCGUGCCGGAAAGACACAAGGCCUCCCUCACCAGCGGCCGGGCUGGGGAUUGACCAAGAUGAAGAAAAGGGAAAAAGAGAAGACAAGGACAUGCCAUCUGCUCAGCAGAGUCGGCAGAAAAUUUUGAAAGACCUCGAGGGAAAAUUCAUUGAGAUUUUGGACGACCCGCCUGGUGACAACUUGGCAGAUGCAGAUGACAAAGAAGCAGCAGUGGGCCCUCGCCCUGACGUCAAUGAUGCGAUGAAAGCAGCUGCGCUCACUCCGGAACCUGCUUUUGUGGAGGAAGUCCACAAAGAACUCGACUCAAAGGACAUCGCUACAGCCCAUCCCACCGGACAGAAACGAUUGCAGGCCGACCUGAAGCAACCUGCCGCCAAGUCGCAGCCCAAGAAGAAAGCAAAGAGCACACACGGAGAUAAGCCAAAGUUUCUCAUGAAAAAACACAAACGCAAGGGGCAGUCUGGAGAAAUCAUGGUUGCAGCGAUUCAUUGCAACUCAACUGGAAAGCAAGUUGCUCAGUUAAGCAGCAACGCCAAUCCAGACUGUGAGAACCUUGUGGGGAAGAUGGUUCGUCAACUCAAUGAAGGCAAACAGACCCUAGAGUCUGUCAUCCAGGAACUGAAUGACUUGAAAGGAUCCUAGGAAGUUCACACGAUAAAGGCCUAAGGUCUUCUGAAACCGUUUGGAGCUUGGCUCGGGCACAGGUGAAAAAA